AUGUUACCAUCGAGCAAUCACAAGCCUAAUAAACUGGGUCCAUCUCGGGAUAUCCAUGAAAUGGAUUCUGGAACUCAGCUAGACCUUUUACCUAUGAUCGAGAAAAAUGACUUAUCCGAUAGUAUACCAACAAAUGGCGAAUCCAGUAAUAAUACAGUGGAAUCAGGUGUAGAUUAUUCGAAUUUGGUAAUGAAGACAAUUAAUCCUAAACCUCUGUAUGUACCACCUUUGAAUUUCUCACUUGUAGAGGAUGGUAUUUAUAGAUCGGGAUUUCCUAUGCCCAUAAAUUAUCCAUUUUUAGAACAAUUGGGGAUAAAAACUAUCAUAUAUUUGGGAGAUUUGGGAGAGAAGAAGAAAGAUGAAAAACUGAAGAAGAAGAAUAAGAAGAAUAAGGAAGAAGGAGAUAAAACUCCUAAGGAAAAGGAGAAAAAGGACAAGCACGGAACAGCGGAAAUAAUGGAUAAUUAUAAAAAGUGGAUAGAGACAACCGAUAUAAAAUUUCACGAUCUCUUCAUAAAGUCAGCUCUGGAGCCGUUUACACUUGAAGAAGACCGUACACAGGCGUUGGAAACGAUAAAGACGGCCUUGCAAUUGAUAGUAAAUAAACAAAACUUUCCAAUAUUAAUUCAUUCAAAUAAAGGAAAACAUAGAAUCGGGGUACUUGUGGGGUUAAUGAGAAAGUUAUUACAAGGGUGGUGUUUGAGUGGCAUUUUUGAGGAAUACGAAAAGUUUGCUAUGGGCAAAUCUGAAUUCGAUCUAGAAUGUAUUGAGCUUUGGCAACCAGAACUCUACGUCGAGAACGAAUGGAAACCAGAUUUUGUGAGAAGCUGA